UAAAUAAUGUAUUUGAUCAAUUUAAAAGUGUUGAAGCAUUUUUCUUCGUUCAACACUCGCAUGUCGGAUGUACUAUCUGACUGGAGUCUUGUCUGCUUUUCCCCAUAAGCGGAAGUUAGAAGUCAGUUAAGUAUGAAACAUGGUGGUUACCAGGAGGAGAACGUGGGCAGAGUCGGCGGACCGGAGUAAAGUAUCAGAAAUCCUGAUUAAAUCGGCUGCCUCCAGAAGUAAUACUCCAGCCAGGCAAAGAGCAACCAGUAGCAGAAAGAGCGAAGUAGAGGUAUUAUCGGAAGCCAUCAGCGAGUCUGAGCAUGAGGGAGCAGAAGAAAGGGACGCUCAAUCCUCGGAGGUGCAGAGCUCUGCCGUCAAGCGGAUGACCAGGAACAGACAGGCCAGAAGUGCAUCUCAACAGGAGUCGAUGAAUGAUGCUGAUGUUUCUGAGGCUGGGUCAUGCUAUUCCACAGUAUUGGAAGUGCAGUCGCUUCAUGAUCAACAAUUAACACGCAGCUGUAGAAGUAGGGCCCCCUCCCAUUCGAAAGUAGUGGGCAAGUCGCAAGAUGAGGAAGCUGACAUCUCUGAAGCAGAGUCAUGUGCCUCUUCUGUUUCUGCAGUGCAAGCCACUGACAACCGAAGAGUAACCAGGAGUUUGAUGUGCAGAGCAGUGUCAAAAACAAAGCCUGGUGCCAAGUCUCAAAACGAGGAUACUGGGUUUUCAGACGCAAAGUCCUGCUCCACAGUCACUUCAGAUGUCCAGGCCUCACAAAACCAAAGAACAACCAGAAGUAGGAGAAGCGAAGCCCUAUCUUUCAAUGCUGAAAAGUCCCAAAAUGAGGACACUGAAGUUUCUGAGUCUUGGUGCUCUGGUCUUCAAGCAACUGUUGUAUGCCGAACAACAAGGAGCAGGCAAGCGAAAGGCCAGCCUGCCUUAGAGUCCCUCAAGAAAGGAGUAACAGAGGUUGAGAAAUGCUCCCUGCCAUCACCUUCAAAAGACCCAAGCAGGAGGAAUAUGUCCCAGUCGCAGCAAGAAGUUAUAUUGUGCUCCGAAUCGGAGUCUGUUGUUUCUAAUGUUGCUGGGAGCCCAACAAGAGGGAGCUGCAAGGUAGAAUCCAGGUCGGAAGUGGUAUCCAAAACUCCAAGCAGAGGUUGCACAGGAUCACUGCGCAAUCACCGGGUUGUGUCGCAGCUGGAAGCCAAUGUAGAGGCUCCGAGUGACCAUGAAGAAAUUGAGCUGGAGCUUCAUGCCGCUGCUUCUCCCAGGAAAGAAGAAAUUAAACCCAGCAAAGAAAGUGAUAAGAACAUCCAAAAAACUGCUGAUUCAGAAGGUCCUGGUCUUCACAACUCCAUAACGGUCAGCCAAAACGAGGAGCAGAUUUUUUCUGAAACUGAAACCUCACCGUCUCAUGAGAAAGUAGAGGUCAAUGAUGAAACAAUUGUGAUUGAACUAGAUUGUGAGAGCAUAAAUAUUGAACUGGCGGAUGGCAAGAGGAAGCAGGGCAACGGGAGGGUUUCGGGAUACAAGGAUGCUGACUCUGACAGUGAAGAUGAAAACCAGAAUCAGUGGUGUAGAAGUCUGCUGAACUUGGAAACAAUCAAAGCUUCACCUAAACAAACCCCAGUCAUUAACUUGCUGCUCAGCAGCGAGGAGGGCAGUGAUGGUUCAGACAGAGAGGAUGGUGAGGAGGAGAUGGAUGAUAGUGAUGUGAUCAGCAUCCAAGAUGAAGAACCAGGACCAUCCAAACCCAGGGCUUCUGAAAACCAUUCAGCUCAAGAGGAUGGGCUGUUUGUAAUAGACACGCAACCUGGAUUUGAGCCAAGCAGAAAGUAUUAUCUAGAAAGUAGAACGAAAGACAGUGAGGAGGAAGCUGAAAGCGAUAAGGAAGGUGACCAGGGUAAAGAAUCCGAAGAGGAAUUUGUUGAUGAAGAGGAAGAUGAUGAAGAGGAGGCUGAAGUUCUGUAUAAAAGAAGAAAACCAGCAUUGAUGGAGCUUUCUAGCAGCAUAGACCCAGGUUUAAAUCUCAAAGAAGUCGGGGGCCUGUACAUCAACUUUGAUGCAAAGAAGCACACAAGUGCCCCAAGUGCUCUUAAAAAGCUGAAGGAACAAAAUAAUAAAGAUGUGCUGUUAGACAAGAGUGUGAUAACGCCAGAUUUUGAGAAGAGUGAAUCAGUUCCACCUUACAGGGAGUCUGUCCAGCAGCUCAAAAUGAAGCGCAGAGAAGAACGUGCCAAGACAACUGGUGAUGGCUGGUAUAACAUGAAGGCUCCUGAAAUGACAACUGAGUUGAAAAAUGAUCUGAAAGCCCUGAAGAUGAGGUCAGCUAUGGAUCCAAAGCGUUUUUAUAAGAAGAACGACAGAGAAGGCUUUCCUAAGUAUCUACAGGUUGGUACUGUUGUGGACAGUCCAGUCGAUUUCUAUCAUGCCCGGAUUCCCAAGAAACAAAGGAAGAGGACAAUAGUGGAGGAACUAAUGGCUGAUUGUGACUUCAGAAGUUACAACAAGAAGAAAUACAAGCAGAUCAUGACAGAGAAGGCAGCCCUGGCAGCUGGCAAGAAGAAUCGCAAGAAGAAUAAAUUCAGCAAGAAGAAGAAAUAACCAGGCUUGGACUGAUGACUUUUGUGACUGGGCCACCAUGUUGUUUUACCCUGCAAUACAAUUGCAAAGCAAUGAGGCUGUAAUUUUAGAUUCACAUGAAAAAUUGCUUAGUCAAUUUGCACUUGUAUUUCAUUUAGUAUCUGUAAAAUGGACUACAGAGCUAAUGUGUGUAAUUAUAAGAAGUCAAUGUGAUUUAGCAUUUUCAAAAACGUGUCAUUGAAACUGAGCUCUAACCAGGUGGAUGGUGUGCUGAAGGAAGCAUUCUGCUCAGACACGGUAUGACUCUUGUUCAGCACAAGGAUCUAUUUCUAGUGUUCACUCUAAUGAGGUGCCCAGUCUGACAGCAAGGAGUGGUCUUCCAACAAGUGUGUCUGGGACUACUGUAGGUACCUCCAAAGAGCUUACAUGCCUAAAAAUUAGGUUUACUGCUACAUAUCCUAUUGUUUUUCUAAACAUCUUACUUUUAUAAGAUAUAAUUUUGCAACAGGGAGGUUUUAAUUAUUUGCAGUGACACAAAAUUUUCUUUGCCAAUAUACUUGGCUGAAGUAUUAAAGGCUAUCGCUCCCAACCGUUACUGGUAUUGCAUAGCAAAUCCUAUAAGACGUGUUACAGACAAGAUUUUUGAGUCUGAGGCUCCCAUCUUGUCCAUAAUGAGCCUAGCAAUACAAUUGACAGGCAAAGGAAAUUACUUAAAUAUAUAAAUGCAUGGCCCCCUCCCCCUCCAUAUAUCAGCCACCUGUUGAUGUUUGCAAGGAGUCAUGUGUUUUUAUUUUUAUAAACGUAUUAAGCUAUGUAUAAUUGGGCUACACUUUCAAGUAGGUAGUUUGUUAUAUACUGUACCUUUAUAAAUAAAGCCUCAGGCAGUACAUAAAGAAUAGCUUUUUAAAAUGUCUGUUGUAUUAAAGUAUGUAUUUAAAAUGCAAAUAUACAUCAGCAUUAAAAUUUUGUAUUUUAUCCAAUGAGAAACAAUGAGUAUUAAACUACUGGUAAUUGAAAAAAA